CUUAUUCCCCAAGAGCACAGGAGACGUUCUUUCAGUGACUCCACCUCUUUGAAAUCUACAACUUUCUUUACUGCUGAGCAGUUGAGGAAAACUAGGAGUUACACAACACUUCCUCAUAUGGACAGACAGUCUAGGAGGCAGCAUGAAAGCAAUGUUGGCUUACCUUCUCUUCACAGAGCGUUUUGUUUUAGGCUAAUGCCUCACAUAUCACGGGGUGCAUUUCCGGACUUUAAUUACCCUACGAUUUCCGUGUUAUCGAUUUCCUCGCAGUUGGAUAACUACUCAGUCAACUUAACAUCUGAGGUUAGCAGCGAGUGUGAGGAAUCAGAUAGUGAAAAGAACGCCUUAGUGGAAGAAAGCGUGCUUCAUUCAUGGCACAGACCAUCAUGUCGACCAAGGUCCCUCUCUGAACCUGUUUCUUGUAAAGCAGAACCUUCAUCCAGAACUUGGAGUCUACCUGAUAUAGAAGAGAAAAAUAGGUUUAUAAGACAAUAUGAGACAAUGUACAGGGUAAAGGCUUCACCAUCGAGACUUCAAUUUCCGGAACAGACUUUAGAAAAACUCAAAGAAGAGACAGCUAUGUCCUCUCAGGGGCAGGCUACGCAGUUAACGGUAAUUCCUUCACCGUUGAUUAUGGAAAUAGGGGAUGAAUACGAAGAAAACUGUGGAAAUUUGAAACAGGUAUUUCCUACUCAGGAAGUCCCAAAGUGUGUUGAAGAGGUAACUGGACACUGGAUAAAUCGUCAACCAACACUAGAAGUGAACAGCUACCAGGACUUGGAGGUGAGAACAGUAACUAAUUCAUAUUCGCAUAAAAGCCACCUUAUGCCUUUUGAUGGAUAAGUUAUGGGUGAAAAAUUUUGCAUAAGGCAUAGGGUGGGCUGAUAGAGAAAAUUUGCCAGCGCCGCUGAAGGGGAGGAGGGUGGGGAAACUUGCUUGCCCGUUGUAGAGUAGACUUGCGAGAAGACGGCGAAUUUGUUUGCUAGGGCGUAUAAAAGGCCUAGGGAAUUUCCCUGGGGACCGUAAAGGACCAGUAGACUGCUUCCCGAGGGAGCACGCAGUAAUCUAGUUGAUUAAAUCGUCACGCGGCGGCUUUUAUACGAAUUAGAAUAGUGAAAGAAAUCAUGUCAUCAGCAGAUCAACCUAGUCUUUUAAACACACUUAUAUGGACCGGGUCCAUAGACACUUUUUUAAAGAAGGAGUCGAAAGGAAAAAUGAACAAUAAACAGUACGGCCGGAUUCAACCUAUAGAAAUAGAGCAGACAUAAGGUUUGGAGGUGUUGCUCAUUUAUUUACCCCUAUGUACACAAUAUGCUUACAUCCAGGCUCUGUGAUUCUAAUGAUGGUAAGAUAUUUGCUCAGCUCUGUGGAAAUUAAUUAUUUUUGCUGUUUCCUUUUUUCCCUACGCAGUUAAAUUGACUUUCGUUCUGGUUAGUGCCCCCUCCCCUUUCUAUGUUACCCUAGAAAAUUAAGCUGCAGCAUGAAGAUUUCUCCGUGCAUGGCAAUGGAUAAAAAAAACAGGACUCGAAAUGAUUUUCGACAGUGGCUGACCGGCCAAACAGAUGUUUGCUCAUGCUCAGUCAUCGCUCUUUUGGAAUUCUGACCGGUCAAGAUAUCAGCACAGACAGACCACCCUCUGUUCGUGUGGCCAUUGUUGUUAUUGAAAACUGAGCAUCCGUCUUAUGUAGUUAGUAGAAGAACUACAGGUGAACAUACCCUGAGUACCAAAGGUUUUUUCUCCCUUACGAUGAGGAGCUUUGUCGGCUUUUUCGCGCGGGUCACUUUAAAAGGCUUUACCGAAACCGGAAACCGCACAUGAAAAGCCUCUGGCACCCAGAGGGUAAGACGAACAUUACUCCAAAAUACAGAUUUGAUUCAAAAUGUUCAAGCGAAGCUCAAGUGAAAUGUUAACUUAGUCCUCUGUCAUAUUUUUUCGCGGUUCCGAGCUGUUAAAAGCGUUAUUUUGCGAGAUGAUUAUUUGACUGAGGUUUUGUGGCUAUAUGCCCGGCAAGCCGGGAAUGAUCUAACCUCUCACGCAGACAUUUUUAGCUCUGCGUGGGAGGCUAGGAAUGGUCUAAAUGCCACCGCCGUAGCCAGUAUGAGGCGAACCGAGGCACUCGCCUCGGUAAAAUUUUAUCAAAUACUGUCGAUUUUUAUUUUUUUUAUCAGACUGAUAAUAUUAGAAGAUUUCAUACGGCUGAUUUCGUACAACGGACCGUGUGUUCGCCUCGGUUGUAGUUUCUUCCUGGCUUCGGCCCUGAAUGCCCGGCAGUAAGAAAAGUUUGGGGUUUAAUUUUGCUAAUCGUUUGAAAUUAUAAAUUAUUCUAUCUUCAUUUAGAAUUACCAAGCGAUCAGGAAAAACAGGAAUGGCUUCGUAGUUGAGCGGUUGUGGUUCCUUGGGCAUAGAGUAGAAUCGACGCACCUUUUCGCAGCCUGUGCCCGAUAUCGUGUUCGAAUCCCGCAGAGUCGCAAAGACAUAUGUCGGCGUUUUUGAUUGGCUAGUUUCUUACGCAGUUUGUGAUUAGUCCGAUUUAAGAUAAAGUGUCGACAGGCAAAACAUGACUCAAUGAGCUGGUGAUUGUGUGAAACGUCACCUUAGAGUCAGCGUUAACAACAGAUGUUUUUCUUGCUUUUUCUCUAAUGGCGUAGAUUACGCAGUGCAUGGAGUACUCUAAACUUUGACGGAGUAAACCUUAUUUUUGUCUCACAUUUAGCGGACAUUAAGCUUGUAUGUUCCAUGCAUAUUGAAUAAUUAAUACUUCCUGUAGUUUAUGUUUCUCCAGAUGUUUUCUGACAAGAUUUUAUCACAGAUGCAGUUUACCAUUUAAAGAUGGUUUUCUUUUACCUCUGUUGAAGGAAAAGUAUCCCGUUACUGCGCAUGUACCAAUAUUUGAUUUUCUGACAUGAUGUUGCGAAUUCAAAACAUGCGAGGAGAGCAAGAGAGAACCUCGAAAAAUCCGUUUGCAUCGCGCUUGGCCGAGUUCGAUACUUCACUAAAACCUUUCAGAAUUACAGAUCAAUGAUUCCCCUUAAGUUUCCAUUGGGGCGAAAUCUGGAUUUUAUAACGUUACUUUCAUUGCCGUUGGCCAAAGGACCAAGAGGAGGGAAACGCUCUAAUGAACGUUGAACGCUUAUUUUUCCCGCCAGCUGACCAUACAGCUCAGAUAAUCGUGAAAGGAGUACGCAGAAAUAAAAUAGCAGCAAUUAAGACUACUAAGAAAGAAACCAUUGAGACAUGUAUGGAUGCGAUUGAGGAGAGUCUUGUGGAGUUAAGCUUUGUGAAGCACAAUGUUUUGCAACUACGUGCCAGUAACUUUUAAAUAAACCUCCCUACGGCCGACAAAAUCAAACGAACAGGGACUACAUGUUUAGAGAAACGAGGGCAAUGAAAUCAUAAUAUAAUGUUUGACUAACCUCUCCGAUGCUUCAUCGCGUUGAGUUUGCAUUUUUAUUCAUACCUUUCGAACUUUUGAGGCUAGAGCGCGAGAAAAUAUUACUGGACUUGGACUUGCCACAAAUUGACUUCCAAAACGAGUUUCACAGUAGAAAACCCGAACGGAAAGAGCUUUUCGGGCGAGCUGCGACAAAAUCACGAUAAGUCUUCUUGCCGCGAGACAAAUCUUAAAUCGAAAGGAAGACUUCUUUGAAAGUUUAAAAUAGUACUUAGGAUAUUACUGUAAAUUCAAACGCUCCUUCCCAACUCUCUUCUAUGAAUUUUGACAUGUAACUGCGCCCAACCGUCACAUUCACCUAAAAAUUGGGCCAAUCGUAAGGCGCAUAAGAAACCCGCCUAGGUAAUUUAGUGCAGAAAAGAGUAACAAACGUGACAUUCUGAUUGGCUAAUAAACAAAGGAACUCACUGAGAGCCAAUCAAAUGCGCCAUCUAAAUGGCGCAAAAUUUGGAUCUGCUCCGGACCAGUUUCGAGCAAAAACCGCAAUGGUUAGCGUUUGCAGCACAUUUGCUUUCGCAACCGAAACAACUGUGGAUGAGCUGAAAAACUACUCUAAAAACGAAAAAACUGCGGAAAGCACUGGUUUUUGGCACUCUGUUUGGAACAAUUGGUGCGUAGAUAAGGAAAUUACUGAUGAAAUAGAAAAUUAUGAGCCGACUGAGCUUAACACUUUGCUCGAGCAUUUCUACGACGAAGUAAACAAUAAAAAAGGUGAAGAUUAUGAACCAGAAAGCCUGAAAGUAAUGAUGGCAUCGCUUGAUCGACACAAAAAACAAAGGCUGCACCCUGUCCAUUGUAUGUGACCGCGAAUUUAGUUCGUCCAAAGAGGUGUUGGAGAACAAAGCGAAACAGCUUCUCUUGGCUGGCCGUGCAUGGUAAGCGCCCAAACAAAGCUCGGCAAGUGUCAAAGGAGGAAGAAGAAAUUCUCUGGAAGAGCGGAAAACUCGGAGGUAAUAACCCAGAAUCUUUAAUUCAAACAGAUUGAACAAUUCCAUGAACUGCUCAGCCCGUUUCUGCAGCUUCCAAACUUCAAAAAAAAACAUCGAGUAAAAUGUUGUUUUGACUGCACGUGUGAUAAUAUUUCAGGCAGCAUUUGAAUAAUUUAUUUUUGCACCUAGUCUUUUAAUACGCGUGUUGACUCCCUAUCAAAGUGAUUUUAAAGCUAUCUCGCAAGUUUUCAUGAAUAUUAUUAAUAAGUAAUCACAUGAUUUUUCUCGUGCAAUUUGGAAUAAACAAGCACUCGCAAAUUGUUCUAAAGACCACAAAUUGCACUCGCCCUACGGGCUCGUCCAAUUUUGUUAGCCUUUGAAAAAAAUUACUCGUGCUUAUUUAUUCCAAAUUGCACUCGAAAUCAUGUGAUUACAUGUACUAAUUGCACCCUUUGUCCCCGCGUGGCUGCUCUGAAGGUGGAGACGGCUUAUAGGCCUUGAACUGAAAUGAAGUUUCAAAAUAAAAGCACUGCAUUUUCAUUAUUGCUUUGGGAAACAUGAAUUCUUUUGCAUAAUAAUAGGCUUUUUAAGUGUCGAAACGGUGUCGAAUGUACUCCAUGCCCAAGGAACCACAACCGCUCAACUGCGAAGCCAUUCCUGUUUUCCUGAUUGUCGCUUGGUAAUUCUCUAAUGAAGAUUGAAUACGAUUAGAAAAAAGGAUUCAAAAAAGUCCAAAAAAAGUUUUCUGAUCCUUCCCAGCCGCCUGGUAUAUAGCCACAGUGUAAAAUAAUAACAAUAAACCCCCAGUGAAUAAUCCUCUCCCAAAAUAACGCAUUAAACAGCUCGGGACGUCGAAAAACAUGACAGAUGUCUAUAGGUUAUCAUUUCGCUUGAACAUUUUGACUCAAAUCUGUGUUUUGAAAUAAAUUGUAGCCGCUGUAAUGUUAAUUUGUAUUUCUUCCAUUGAGUACAAAAGACCGAUUUUCAGAUCUCAAUAAAAACACACGAACAGAGGGUGGUCUGCCUGUGAUAUCAGAGAGAAAUAUUCAUUCUAAAGCAAUAGCCAAUUAAGACGUAAAUGUCACCUCAUAUGCUCAAAAACCCGUUGAAUAUUGGGAAAUGGAGAAAAAUUUGAACACUCAAAGAAACAUUUUUCACCCAAUAAAAAUAACAAAACGCGGCAAAUACGGAAUUUUCUUUCCAAGUGUUAUUUCUGACCUGCCGACAUUUAAAGGUGAAAUUGCAUGUUGAUAUAAGACGUUGAUUGAUGCGAUACCUUCACAUAGAAGGUUCUGUUUUCCUUUAGGAAAACAAUGCUUUUUUUAAAUGGGUAACGCAGAUACAUCGAGUCCGGAUUCAAAAUAUAUUUUAACAGUUUUUGUAUUUUCCAGGAUUUAUGUGAAUACAUUUUAUUUUUCUAGUUAUUUAUUUGAAAGGCGUCCACUUAGACGGUCAGUAUGACUGGCCAACCUAGGCCUUGUCACUUACUGUUUGUCACUAUUGUUUGAUGCUGUUUAUUUGCGUAAUGUCAUCGUUCAUUUCUCCUUCUUUAAUUUCUUCGUUUUUGGAGUGGGGAAACCAGAAAAUGUUACCAUGGACCAGGUGCGUAAUAAGUGGUCUACGGACCGGUCCAAAACAGGGGGUCCAUAGACCCCGGGUCCACGUUUUGUCCUCACCAUGAAAUUGCCCACUUUCUAACUAGUUUCCAGCCCCCCAAGAUUGCCUUGGUUUCUUCCGUCAAAUUUUAAGUUGUUUACCCCAUACGUGUACAGCCGUCGCUUUAAACCGCCUAAGUUUUACUGUUUUUAAGCUUAAAAAGUCCAACGAGCAACAUGCGAGGGCUAUACGAGUAUGGUGCAAAUAAAUCCAACUCAUACCACGUUUACAAGGGUCCGGGAAAAUGUCUGAAUGGAGAAAAAUUUGCACUGAGUCGCCUUCCGCUUACACGGGACCCGUGGAACCGUGCAAGUUUCGGAUGGCAAAGUCUGCACCUAGGUUCCGUGUAAACGAGUUGUAAAAAUUUCGUUCGUUCAAACGUUUGUCUGGACCUUUGUAAAUUGGUUCCCUGACAUAUUUAACGUUACCUUUAUCAAGCUUGUUACUAGACACUAUGAUAUAUUUGACAACACCUUUGCCACACCUUUGAAAUGAACAGUAUAUAACGACACUUUUCUCAAACUUUGACUUUAAUGUCAGACAUAUUUAGCGACACCUAUGAUAGGCUAACAGAGGCUGAUUGUAUAACACCUUUGGCACCUGUCAAAGGCGCGGAGUAAAUGAGUGACAUAUGCGGCCUUCAGCAACUGAAACCCAUGACCAUUAUAUAGCGAGUGUUAAAGGUGUAUACAGGUGUACAAAGGCGGCCUUUAUCACGCUUUUGGAAGUUUCUUUCUGUGUAUCAGGACAGACUCAGCCUCAAUACGUGUCCAAGCCUAACAACCUUUUAAUGCAUUUUUAUCAUUUUUUAGAAUGUUUUGACAGGAAGUAACUAUGAUGAACAGUCCCCUACUGUGGAAGCCACCGUCAGGUUGUGGAAAACUAAACAGUCGGAGCGGAGAGCUACGGUCGCUUCAAAGUCGCCUUUGUCGGAUUUUCCUAAGUACGCAUCAGAGAUAGAACAACAAGCGUUUCGAAAGAUAAAAAAAUGGAAGUAUGACUUUGCCUUGAAACUAAACAACGUUUUAGGAGAGCGAUUUCAGGAGGUUAUUGCUAAACGAGAGAAAGAACUUAAUCGUUCUAAGAAGCCUAGAGUUCUUAAGGUUCCCAUGAACUUAAGUGAUAAAGAAAUGGGACAACUGAGGACUAAUCUACUUUUAGAAUUAAAAAGUAAAUCUUUUGGAGAUCAAAACAUAGCUGAAGUAACCGGCGAUCGCUUUCAGUGCUCUUCCCCUCCUUCACCUCCUCCUAUCCCUCGCAUCAAGCGUCCAAGGAAAGCAAUCUUUGAUCAGGAUCCAGCAGAUUUGAGAGUUCAAAUGAUAAACGAGUUAAAUCGUCGUGUUUCUUGUAUACCAAAUAAGGAGAACAUCUUCAGUUGCUAUAAACCCUCCUCUCUUCUGCCAAAUUCAUCAAAGGUGUCUCUUCAUGUCAAGCCUAAAGGAAUUGCUUACGAACCUAGCAGCAUAGAUUUGAAAGCCUUGGAUUUCGAUAACAUCCACGACCUACUAUGUUGGCAUGAGGCUGAGCGGAAACGCUUGAAAGCUGAGUUAGAUAUGCUACCACAAGCAGAGCAAACUGGAGAACACCAGGUGGGCCAUCUGUGUACAGCAAAUGAUCCCCGACCGUAAGUGAUCCCCAGAGCGAAAAUGAUUCCCAACCACAAAUGAUCCUCGACCGCAAGUGUCUCUGUCUCCAGCAGCAAAGGGAUGAAAAAUGAAUUCACAAUUUUGCGCCGACAGGGUCCUUACCACUAGACGGAACAUUUUCACGAGCUGUAGUUGCUAAGUGUAUUUCCAAAACCAAAAACCUCUACAGAGUGAUAAAUACAGGAGUCAUAUUUCCCUAUUUAUAGGCGUUAAAAUGAAAGACAAGUUUCCUCCUUAACGUCCUUCCUGUCCUAUUUUUUCUCAGCAAUGAAACAUCAAAUGCUUGACUAAAAGAAAGGAGAAAAACAUUGCCAAGGAAACAGUUCGGUUAUUUAUAGUUUACGCGUUGUGCAAGUUCUCAGCACCUUCACCAUCCAUGGGGGGCAGAGGCAUUGAGGGAGGGGUGUGUGAAAAUAACGCUAAUUCUUUCCUGCGUAGAACGGCUAACUUGCUAAUUUUUAUUCAUAAUGGUGGAACUUGAAAAGUUACUAUACAAUCCCCACUUAAAAAUGGUACUCAUUUUCUUUGUUCCGAAAGUUUCUCAAGAGGGUACAAUGUUCAAAUGAGUUUAUAUUAAACUCUCACAUGAGAUGCUAUGUCACGCAAUGGUCAACGACAAGGUUAUGUGGUGGCCUGAAUGUAUACAGCCAUUCCUUCCCCAUAAAAAAAUCGCAUUUAUCAGCCCAGUUAAAAUGGCUUUUCGGCGAUUCUUGUUUUCGAUAACAUGUAUCCUGAAAAUUAUCAGCGUGUGUUUACAAGGGUAAACAUGGAAACACCUGUUGAGAUGACUAAAUGAGUGAUUUUAUUCAUAAUAGCGGUGUCAUUACUGUGGGUAAAAUGUACAGUAGAAACCCAUAACUUGAACUCCCCAUUAACUCGAAUUUCCCUUGAAUUUCACCCUAAUUUCCAGGCAUUUUUUUCCUUAACUUUCGACUUUUCUCUGUGAAGUUUUGGUUGUCCAGUCAGUGUAAAAUAAGAAGAGCAAAAUAAAAAACUUGUUUUCACAUGAAUUUUUGACAAUAACGAGAAAAGUAUAAAAAGUACAGUUCAGAAGUUUCUCAGUUGUUGAAAAUUCAAGAGGUGUUAAGCUUCUUCUCGAAAAAGAUUCUUUAAGCUUUUCCAUAUAUUGACUGAUAAUCGAGCAUCCUAAUUAAAAAUGCAGUACCUGGUCAACAUUAGAAAUUAUAACAAUAGAUGUUUACUCAGCUUGCACAAGAAAAAUAGGAGAUAUUUUCGCUCGUCCUAAUUGUAAUUAGCGUUUGGCCCUAACGGUCUGAUGCCACGACGUCAUUAGCAAGGAGAUUCACUUUUUAUGUCACAUUGUGUUCUCUGUUAUCAUUAAACGAAAAGCAGCAAACAACAAAAUCAUAAAUAAUCAUGAUCAUAUUGGUAAAAUUUCUCUGGAACCAGAAAAGAGUUCUUAACAAGCCCUAUACGCCUGGCCGUGUUAAAUCUGGGCCUUAUAUUAGCAAAAGAGGUAAAAAUAACUGGGGGCUAAAAUUAACUUCUUUUUAACCAUGCGUCUUUUGUUUCAAUUUGGUGGUGUGGGCGUGGAUCACUUGUAGUACAACAUAGCAGCGGGUGGCUGCAAGUGCGAUCUUUUUGGCCAUUGCCCGUAAAAGAGUUUUUUUCGAGUACAGUGCUAUGUACGAAGUUUUCGCUUCUUGCGCGAUUAGCUAUCACACACUUUUUUUUUUUAAUAUAUAUAUAUAUAUAUAUAUAUAUAACCAUUUUUUUAUAUCGUGGAGCCCUGUUUUGAAGUUGCUGUUGCCGGACUGGUGUCACAAAAGAAAAGUAAAAUUGUGAAACUAAUUUUUAUAUGGCAUCCAUUUUAGUGGGAACUGCCUGGGAUACAUUGUAUUGGGGUUCCCUAGAUACAUUCAUAGUUCUUGCCCUUUUGACUGUAAUGACGCAGAAAGGCCAAACACUAUAAAAUCAUGUUAAGACCUUCAGUAUAUUUAGGCUGGAAGGUUGUUUUACUUGGCACCUUUCUCUUAAUUUUUUGAAAAAGUAGGCGUCGAAAGUGAAUUGCCUGACAUGAAGUCAUCGCAUCAGACCAUUCUGUGUUUCAGUCAUGAACUUUAUCACAUUUAGGACCAAAAGUUAUUUCAGUCAGAUGUAGGACCUUUAUUACAUUUAGGGCCAACAGUUAUUACACUUAGGACCUUUAUGACAUUUAGGGCCAAAAGUUAUUACACUUGGGACCUUUAUUACAUUUAGGGGCAAGAGUUAUUACACUUAGGACCUUUAUUACAUUUCGGGAGGACAUUUAUUAUAUUUGAUGCCUCACCCUCCAGUUACGCCUUGUUUCCCUGAUGACAGAAGGGCCGAUGAACUGAAAUUACCACUUCCUUUUAGAUGUUGAUUGAUAAGGAAGGUGCCAAAAGAGUUCUACAAUCAAUUAUGACGAUUAUGGAGGACAUUUUCAGAGGAACGAUGAAGCGAUUCAUUGGUUCAGAAAAAACAACCCGUCUUGUCACCAACAAAGACGAGAAAGGU